AUGGUCCAACUCGCCCACAUCUUCAAAAAGGACAAGGACAAGGACCGGGAGAAAGAGAAACCAGAGAAUCACCAGAAACCAGAUUCCUCUGCCUCCGCCACUGCACGACCGCCUUCCACCUACGAUCUUCCCGACCCUCCGACCCUCUCCUCGCGACCUUCUUUCUCCAAGUCGCCCGCGAAAUCCACCAAAUCCACCAAAUCCAAGUCGCCCGCCAAAUCCCCCUCCAAGUCACCCACCAAGUCCUCCUCCCCGACCAAGAAUCGCUUCUCGCAUAGUCGCUCUUCCUCGUCUACUUCCACCCAAACCGCCCCCUCCUUCUCCAAAUUCACCCGGUCUUCACGAGACCAGGACCUUCACCCGCUCAAUCUUCCUCCUGACGAGCUACGCCGUCGACUCUCGGCCAUGGCGGCGUCCCGGGAUGACCAGCGGAGCUCCAUGGACAUUGAUCCGCAAGAGCCUCAGCUGAAGCAGAAUGGCACCAACGGCACCGAGGAGCGCAGUCCGACUCCCCCGCCGCACAAGUCCUCCGGCUCGACCGACGAGGCUGAUUCGUUCAAGUUGGCGGGCAACAAAUUCUUCAAGGAUGGUGACUACCGCCGCGCCAUCGAGGAAUAUAACAAGGCAAUCGAGAUCAACCCGAACUCAUCGGCCUACCUGUCCAAUCGGGCGGCCGCUUACAUGUCUGCGAGGCAAUACCUGAAUGCGCUCGAGGACAUCGAGCGGGCCCAUGACCUCGACCCCACCAACACGAAGAUUAUGCACCGCAUGGCCAAGAUUCUGACCAACUUGGGCCGGCCAGCGGAGGCUCUGAAUGUCUUGUCCCAGGUGCCCGAUGCGAGCGCGACCGACCGGGCCCCCGCAGAGAAGAUGCAGAAGUUUAUCGCACAGGCCGAGGAGACACUGGCGGAGGACCGUGGUGGCUCGAUGGCUAUCUUCUGUCUGGACCAGGCCCGUCAAGGCCUGGGCCAAGGUGUGAAGGAACCACGCAAGUGGACCCUUUUGACCGCCGAGGCACAGCUGAAGAUGAACAACAGUAACUCUCUGGGCAAGGCACAGGAUCUCGCCAUCACUUUGCUUCGCGAGAACAGCCAGGACCCGGAUGCGAUGAUGAUCCGUGCCCGCGCUUUCUAUGCCUCCGGCGAGACCGAACAGGCGAUGAAGCUGCUGAAGAUGUGCCUCGGGCUGGACCCGGACAUGAAGCAGGCCAUCAAGCUGCUGCGCAUCGUGCAGAAACUUAGCCGUACCAAGGAGGAAGGUAACGCCGCCUUCAAGGCCAAGGACUACCGCCGCGCGAUCGAUCUCUACACUCAAGCCCUCGAGGUCGACCCCGCCAACAAGGAUAUGAACGCCAAGAUUCUGCAGAACCGGGCCCAGGCCUAUAUCAACCUCAAGGAAUAUGACUCGGCAAUCGAGGACUGCACUGAGGCGCUGCGCCUGGACCCCGGGUACGUCAAGGCGAUGAAGGUGCGUGCCAAAGCGUACGGCGGUGCCGAGCGUUGGGAUGAAGCCGUGCGUGAAUAUAAGAGUGUUGCGGAGAAUAACCCCGGCGAGAAGGGCAUUCAGGAGGAGAUCCGCCGGGCCGAGUUUGAGUUGAAGAAGGCCCAACGCAAGGACUACUAUAAGAUUCUCGGGGUGGGCAAGGAUGCUUCCGAGAGCGAUAUCAAGAAGGCCUAUCGCAAGAUGGCUAUUCAACACCACCCGGAUAAGAACCCGGAUAGUGAGCACGGCGAUGAGAAGUUCAAGGAGAUCGGCGAGGCCUACGAGACUCUGAUCGAUCCUCAGAAGCGUGCUGCGUACGAUAACGGCGACGACCUGAUCGACCCAUCCGAUAUGUUCGGCGGCGGCGGCUUCGGCGGCAUGGGCGGUAUGGGCGGUAUGCAUGGAAUGGGAGGCAUGGGAGGAAUGGGCGGCAUGAACGGCACGCACAUCAACAUCGACCCCAACAUCCUGUUCAACAUGAUGAACGGUGGCGGUGGUGGUGGCUUCGCCUCUGCUGGUGGUCAUCCCUUCGGCGGCCAGGCUCGCGGUGGUGCCGGUGGCUUCCCCGGCGGCUUCCCCUUCUAA